AUGGGCGAACUCCAUUUCCAACGCCCUUUCGCUCUCCCGCCUCCGCCGCUCCCUCCCCUCCAUCCGCCGUCCUCAUCCCGGGACGACGCCGUUCCCCCGCCGUCCUCACCGAGGGACGACCCUCCAGCUCCGCCGCCGCUUCCUUUCGAUCCCAGCCGGAUGGUUGGUAUCAUUAGAAGGAAGGCUUUGAUCAAAGAAUUGGCAGCUGCAUAUCAUGCAGAGUGCCUCACAUACUGCCAAGAACUUUUGGAGCUUCAGAAGAAAAUAGACGAGCCAUUUACAGACAUAAAAAUCCCAGAGGAACCGAGGAAAGAAAUGACGAGACCUUCGAAACGCAUGAAGAAAACCCGCUAG